CUUCUUGACUCCCACAUGGAGCAGAUCACACUAUCCUCCAAUGCCAUUGCAGAUUUACCAUUUCCUCCCCCGCGCAUUUUUACCACCGCACUGUUAGGCUCUCAUGACAUCACAGCCUUAAUCCGAGAUACUGAAGCUCACGAACGAGCGCUGUUCCAAGUGGACCCUGCAGCCAAAGCUCAUGGACCCCAGAGACGUGCAACACGGCGCGGGACUAUGUUCCCCGCCGAGUCUGAGCCCGAGUCCAUGGCAAGCCGGAUAUAUUCAGCACGCAACAACCGCAAUCAAUCUGCAGUAGCCAGAGUUCUGGGCCACGACAUGAUGGAAGAGAUUAAGCGAUCCGCAGGCACUUCCACUCGAGGACCUCGCGGGGAGGUAAACAUUGAAGUCCUUCUCCGGGGUGCUGAGAUCUUGUGCGAUGUCUACCCUGUCGCUGGAGCACAGGAAAAAAUAACCAACCUUCGCUAUCGGCAUCAGAUGAUAUCUGAUUCUAUAGCACGCUUGGAAUCCAGAGUUGCCACAAACAGCGCAGAGCUUGAUCAAAUGAGGAGCUCUUACGGAGAUGAAGAGGAUGAAUUCCAGACUGCGCCGGUGGCACAGCCUGAUGCACCGGAAGUCACCGAUGAGGACAUUGAGCGUGAAAUGGCGGAGAUUCGAGAUCUAGAGCGGCGGAAGCGAGGCUUGCAGGAGAGGGUCACCGGCAUGGAACGAGAUCUUGGUGGGUUGGUUGGCUGA